UCUGUGAAACAACGCAGCAAACCUGGACUAUUUACAACAGUCAAAAAGCUACAUGCGGAGUUUGUUGUCCCUAAACCAAACGUCUGGACCCAGCGAAGGAGAAUUAUAGACUAACAUCACGGUGCAGCCGCUGCAGACUUUGUUUUUGGGAAAGAAAGGAUGCCUUUACCGAGGGGAAAGAAAGCCACAGUCACGGCUGGGAGCAGGAUACCCAAGCUACAUGCAACGAAAAAGGAAAACCAGGAGGAAGGCUCACAGGUGAAAAGGUCCUCCUCCCCUCCUCAUGGAGCUCCCAAGAAGAGGACUGCCUUCAUCGACAUCACCAAUGCUCAUAAGGUUCAGAUCAGUCUUCCAGGAAGGAAGAAAGAAUCAGCGAAGACCACGGCGAAGAAAACGAGCUCCAGCUCCGUGUCUGCCAAGAAUCAAGCCAACUUGAAAAAGUCGUCCUCGGUGAGCUCAGAGGGAACCACUCCUGAGACAGAAAGGGCUGAUGCAGUGGAGGAGAAACCCUGUGAGGAGGAGGCACAGAAGGAUGCAGCCGCUCCAGUAGAAGAGCUGGUGGCUGUUGCGCCCCCUGCUGCCCGUGAAGUGCCAGCACACCUCCAGAGACAGCAGAUCCCAGAGGAAUUUGACAUCGACUCUGAGAACUCUGAGGACAGUUACAUGUGUCCGGAGUAUGCAAAGGACAUCUUUGACUACCUGAAACGGAGAGAGGAGAAGUUCGUCCUCUGUAACUACAUGCCCAAGCAGCCCAGCCUCAACCCAGAGAUGAGGGCGAUCCUGAUCGACUGGCUGGUGGAAGUGCAGGAAAACUUCGAGCUGUACCACGAGACGCUCUACCUGGCCGUGAAGAUGACAGACCACUACCUGUCCCAGACCCCCGUCCACAGGGAGAUGCUGCAGCUCGUCGGCUCCACCGCGAUGCUCAUAGCCUCCAAGUUUGAGGAGCGCAGCCCGCCAUGUGUCGACGACUUCUUGUACAUUUGCGACGAUGCGUACAAGAGGGAGGAGCUUAUCUCCAUGGAAGCCAGCAUCCUGCAGACGCUGUCCUUUGACGUCAACAUUCCCAUCCCCUAUCGCUUCCUCAGACGCUAUGCCAAGUGUGUGAACGCCGGCAUGGACACACUGACCCUGGCUCGGUACUACUGCGAGAUGAGUCUCAUGGAGAUGGACCUGGUUCCAGAGAGAGGCUCUCUGCUGGCCUCAGCCUGCCUGCUGAUGGCGCUGGUCACCAAAGACCUGGGAGGAUGGACUCCCAUCCUGCAGUUCCACUCCGGAUACCAGACGUCAGAUUUGGAGCCGGUCAUCAGGAGGCUCUACUUGAUGCUCGUAGCUCCUCCUGACGAUAAACUGAGAGCCAUCAGGAACAAAUAUUCCCACAAGGUGUUUUUUGAAGUUGCAUCACUGCCAUUGGUCAACAUGGAUAUUUUGGAGAAAGCCUUACUUCAAUGAACCCCCCCCCCAAAAAAAAUUAAAUCUUGCCAGUCUAAAUUCAGUGAAAAUAUUUAAAAAAAAAUUCCCUCUGACAAAAACUGUAUAUAGUUUGUUAAUAUGUUUAAUAUUUAUACACGUAGUCUAGUCUGUCUUUUAUAUAUUAUUUUGAAUAAAUGUUUAAAUCCUGUUUUUGGAUGGAAGAGUUUUAAUGUGGGCAUUUGUUCUUAAGAAGUUUGCCAGUGUAUUAUGUUUGUACCAGGUUGUUAAUAAUGACAUUUUUUUUGUUACAUUUGAGUACACAGUUUUUUGGCAUUCAUUUUAUAACUUUUUAUAGGAAGAAGAAAAAUCAGAAUUCAUUAGUAAUGUGUAAGCCCCCCUCUGCGUAUAUAGCCUGUAGUGCAGAAUUUUAAGAGUGUAUGUUUUAAGCUAAUGGUAGAUGCAGAAGUUGGUAAACGCUUACUUUUACUGAUGAAUUACGCACUGGCCCACACAGGUUUUCAUAUAUUGUUGAAGUUAGCUGGUAUGCAUGUGUGUAUUUUCAUAAGUUGUACAGUUUAUCAUGUUUAUAUCACUAUGCUAAUUAUUUGUAUAAAAUAUAACCGGAUGAUGCUGUGCUAUUUUUUUAAAUGGCUGCCAUUCAUACUCUUAAAAUA